AUGAUGAAUUUUUCAACUGUCUCAACGUUUGCUCUACUUGGAUUUGGAGGGAGUCCAGGGAUGCAGACAAUACUAUUUCUGAUUUUUUUUAUCUUGUAUGUUUUUGCUGUGAUUGGGAACUUUGGCAUUAUUGUAAUUAUCAGGGCAGACUCCCACCUCCACACCCCGAUGUAUGCCUUUCUCCAAAGCCUUUCCGUGUUGGACAUCUGCUAUUCUUCCACAACUGCACCUCGUGCUCUGAUGAACUUCUUGCAAGAAGACCACACAGUUUCCUUCGGUGGAUGUGCUGCUCAGUUUUUCUUCCUGUCUCUUUUCGGUACCACGGAGAGCUUCCUUCUGGCUGCUAUGGCCUAUGACCGCUACAUUGCCAUCUGUAACCCUCUGCUAUACUCUGUAAGUAUGUCCCACCAGGUCUGUGUACUUUUAGUGGUGGGGUCCUGCUUGUGGGGUGUUGUGAAUGCCGUCACUCAAACAAUGAUGACUUUCAGAUUGCCCUUUUGUGGGUCCAAUAAGAUCAAUGACUUUUUCUGUGACGUACCUCCACUCUUGUUGCUUUCUUGCUCAGAUACAUUUAUAAACCAAUUGGUUCUUCUUGGUUUAUGUGGCUCCAUUAUUGUCAGUACAUUUUUGAUUGUUUUGGUCUCAUACGUCUGCAUCAUAUUGGCGAUUGUGAAGAUCCGUACUGUGCAGGGACGCCAAAAAGCUUUCUCUACGUGUGUCUCCCACCUGACUGGGGUAUGCUUGUUUUUUGGUACUGUUUUCUUCAUGUAUGCACAACCCAGUGCUAUCUUCACCAUGGAGCAGAGUAAAGUAGUGUCCAUCUUUUACACUGUCGUCAUCCCAAUGUUGAACCCCCUGGUAUACAGCCUGAGGAACAAAGAUGUCAAGCAAGCUCUGAGAAGGAGCAGGCAGAAGCUCUCUUUGUGA